AGCGCCUUUACGUAGGCUUCGCAGGAAAUGUGUCAUAUUUUUGUAGGUUAUGUUUCAGCGCCAAUCGUGCCGAUUAAUAACAUUAACAAUUGAAUUUUAUUUUAUACACAAUAAAUAUAAAUAUAAAUAAUGGAAGGCGUUCAAGUAAGAAUAAUAAGUAAUGAAAAGGGCAAAGGACUUUUUGCACUUGGUUCUUUUAAAGAAGGUGAUACAAUAUUUGAGGAAAAACCAUUUAUUUGCUGUCAAUUCUCUUGGAAUGCUGAAUACGGAUAUUCAGCAUGUGAUAAUUGUUUAAAACCCCUAGAAACUGCUGAAGAGAAUGUACGUCGACUUUCCGAAAAAUCAAAUAUUAUUUUACCCUAUCCAGAAUGUUGUGAGACUAAAAGCGAAUUAAUCACAGAAUGUGAAUUGUGUGGAGUAAAAUAUUGCACUCAUGAAUGCAAAAUUCAAGCAUUACAAAGAUUCCAUAAAAGUCUUUGUUUACAUUCGAGAAGUAAGAAUCAUCUUCAUCCACUUGUGCAAUUAAAUGACACGUGGAAACAGCUGCACUACCCACCGGAAACAGCAACUGUAAUGUUACUAGCACGAAUGGUUGCAUUAAUUAAUCAAUCCAAUGAUAAAGAUAACAUUAGAUCAAUUUUCUCUCAAUUUUGUCAUCGAACAACAAAUGAAACACAAGAAAUAGCACACAAUUUACUUGGCGAGAAAUUCGUUGGUCAAAUUGAUAUAUUAAGAAAGACAAUGCAAAGUGUUUUAAAUGCUGAAUUUGUACAAGACUGGUUUACGCCAGAAGGUUUCAAAAGUUUAUUGGCAUUAGUGGGCACAAAUGGUCAAGGAAUUGGUACAAGUGCUUUUAGUCGAUGGGUUAAAAAUGUUACGAAUUUAGAAUUACCCGAUGAUCAAAGAAUGCAAGUUGAUAAACUCAUUGAUAAAAUUUACGACGACAUGGAAGAAGUUGUUGGCACUUUCUUGAAUAAUGAAGGCUCUGGAUUGUACACACUUCAAUCAACAAUAAAUCACAGUUGCUUACCGAAUGCCGUUGUUGAAUUUCCAUAUUCAAAUAGUACUUUAGUCUUGAAGGCAAUUCGGGAUAUUGAACCUGAAGAAGAAGUUUGCAUCGCAUAUCUGGAUGAAUGUCUCCUGGAAAGAAGUAGACAUUCUCGGCAAAAAGCUCUAAGUUCACAGUAUUUGUUUAUAUGCCAAUGUGCCAGAUGUCUAAUGCAAAUUGAAGAUCCUGACGUUACUUCCGAAGAAGAUGAUGACGAUGACCAUGAAGAUAUGUCAGAUUAAAUGGAAAAAUAUGAAUUUUUAUACGAUUCAAUUUCAAAAUCAUUUAUACAGAUUUUAAUAAACAAUUUUUUCUAUACAAA